UUGAGGAAGAAAUAAAGUCUGUCUAUUAUGUCUGACCAUUAUGCGUCUUUUGUGAAGGAAGAUAAACGUGAAAAAACUAGAAAUAACCUUGUUCUUUUGAAAAAGGAAUGUAAAUUUGAAACUCGAAUAGGUAGAUGUUUUUCAAUCUGGAAUUGGGAAGAACUUUGGCUCAGUGAAGGAUUUACUUCAUAUUUUGUUUUUGAUUUUUUAAAUGCCCACAACCACCCACAAUUAACAGAACACGAAUAUUACUUAAAAUUAAUAGAAUUAAUUAAUCAGCAAUCAACAGAUGGAAGAUCCUCUUUAAUUAAAUUAAUUACAAAUUCUAAACAAUUGGAUAGACUUUUUGAUAGUAUCCAGCUUUACACUAAAGGGGCUGUAGUUGUUAAAAUGUUAAAGGAUUUGGUUGGCCCUGAAGUUUUUAGAACGUCGAUUGCUCGGUUUUUGAGGGAAAAUUCUUUUCAGUCAGUAGAUAGACGUUCACUUUGGACAGCCUUCCCAACCAAUGCAGAUCACGGAGCCGAUACAAUUCGAUUAAAGGAUGUAAUGGAAACUUGGUUACUUAAUAAAGGAAUACCCGAAGUUGAAGUAAAAAGAAAUUACGAGGAUAAAUCUAUUAAAUUGGAACAACAACAAGCUGAUAAAAAUAGACAUUUAAUUUAUUUGGAUGAUGAUAAGAUGGGAAGAAUGCGUUUAAAUAAGAGAUUUAAGAGAAUGUGGCAGAUGGAAGAAGAGGAAGAAGAUGAAAUUAAAAAAGAUGAAGAUAUAAAUGGAAUAUUGCAUUGGAUGCUUGAUGGAUUAGAAGAGGAUAAUGUUACAUCGACUGCAACAUCAAUAACAACAAGGGAAAAUAAAAGAAGAAAGGAAAACAACAAUAAAAACGUUCAUUUAACCACCAAAAAACGCCAACUCCGCGCAGAAAGAAAAAAAUUAAAUAAUAAAUACAAUUUAUGGUCAAUACCUUUUAGUUAUUCUUUUGGUUCUGUUAAGUCUAAAAAUGGGCAAAUACUUAGACAAUUUUGGUUAAUUAAUGAAACUAUUCGUUUUGUGGAUAUUGGGUUGAAUAAAGACCAGUAUUUGUUGGCUAAUCCACAUUGGGUGUAUUCUUAUAGGGUUAACUAUGAUAUUUUGAAUUGGAGAAUGAUUAUAACACAGGUAAUAUAA